AUGGCUACCUUCAUUCCUUACGUUCCAAAACUACCAAACGCUAACAACCGGAAGCCAUCCAAGAUUAUUUCUAAGAAACGCAACCCUCCUGAAAAUUACUUGCAGAUCGAAUCAAGUGAUGUGCCAGUUGAAUUGCUGUAGGCGCCUAGAGGAGCAACAAGCGAAAAGAACCGGCAAGGCACAGCUGCUGGUGAGGGCAUAGCUCAGGGUGCUCAAGGUAUGUGUUCAAUCCCACAAAACUACUGUCGCUGUCUCUGUCUGACAAAAUAUCAGACUUGAUAUCGGCAAAAGAAGGACUGGGUGUAAAGAGUAAUGAUCAAUCUUCGGAUGAUAUUAUCUCUAGCCAGGAAUCGAAAGCUGGUAGCGGCCAUGGUACGUACUACGUGAGCUGGGUUUCACAAACGUAGUGCAGAGAAUUCUUAUUCACAGUACUACAGAUAAAUCGAGCACACCGGAUAACAAUGGUGUUCUCGAUGUUGGAAACACUCGUCGUAUUCUACAUAGCAGGCCGCCUAGUAACCAGGUAUUAAAACCGGAAGGCCCGCAACUACUUUCCAAUCACAUAGCCGAGGAGCAUGCCAAUACUACCGAUGUCAUCGAUAACAACAAGGUCCCGUGGGUUUCUAAACGAAAGGGAUCUGACUCUCCCCUCUCCGACGGAAUAGCCUCAUACUACGAUAGAAAGCGACAACGGCGUUCUCCUUCUUUAAUUCUAGAGAAUGAAAAGGACGACGGGGCUUUUCGCAUUCAUGUUGACGGAGACUUUUGUAGUACUACUAGAACCACUCCUGCACUUGAACCGGCUCAUCUAACAGAGUAUAACGUAUGCCCAGAGGUGAUUGACGACAACCAAGAUUGGGAGGUCCGCCAAAUCAUUGGCAAAGAGGAUGUUGAUGGUGUAACACAUUACUUGGUGGACUGGAACCCGACACUACUUCCUGAGCACUCGCUAGGACAUGCAAAGGAGCUAGUGGAUAAAUUUGAGCACCGCCUUCGAGCACAGCGCAAGACUAAGAAUGGGCCAUGGGGGGCUAGCUUGAAGCGAAAAGGGAGGGGGGCGACUAGAAAUGCUAAUGGCCAACACAAGAAACCAGGAUGCCAGCCCCAGAAGCAGGAGUAAGUGUAAAGUCAG